AUGGGGAGGCCAAGGAAGGAGGUAAUCAGAAGUCAUAACAUCGGAUCAACGAGUGCCACCCCAAGAAAAGCUGCACUUCCUAUCUUGAUUGAUGCCCCUGAAGAGCUUGGGAAUGGAAUCUUCAAAAAACUGGUGGCAAUGGCCAUCCCAAGAACUUUGUUGUUGCAAUCUUCUUGUUAUCGCUUUGUGUUGAUAUUGGGAGGUUGGAACACAAUGGUCAGCUAUUUGAUAAAGUAA